AUGGCACGACGUACUACUUCUAGAAGUGCUGCGGAUUCCGACGGGGCUUCAAGCGCGAUUGCAGCGCAGCAACGCAUCUUCAAGCUCAAGAAAGAACGAGACGUGAGGAUGAAAGAUGUUGUCGCCAAAGUGCUCGCAGAUUUGGACGACAUUAAGCACCAAGUCUCGCAGGAGCGAGAGGAUCACGAACGGAGGAGGAAGCAGAGAAAAGCCAAGCUUUUGUCCGAUAUUGCAAAAUCGAUGCAGAAACGAAACACGAUUGAAGAGGACAUGAUGGCAGUGGUGUCAGGCCUCCACAUGGUCAUGACGCAGCUAGAGAAUAACAUGCUGGAGGUCUACGACGCAAAGGAGCGCGAGGUGCAGCACUUGCUCCGAGAUGAUCAAGAUUGA